UAUUUUAAAGCUACAUUGUCGCAAUUCGAACACGUGAUUACCAACUGUCCAAUCACGUGGCAGAGACUCACGGCUCGUAAUUUUGAACGGACGGCUGCAAGGGAGGGUUAGCAACUUUGUAUUGUUGAGACUCACCAAUGCUGCUACUUACUAUCUCGUCCCACACUUGCUUACCUUGUAAUGGAUACGAAUUAUCUGUCGCCGAUUUGAAAUGACCGGUUCCGUCAUUUUGGGAUAAACAUGAGUACACAUAUCAUCACCCCUGGGCCGUACCGAGCUACAAAGCUGUGGAAUGAGAUAACUCAUCUCUUCCGAGCUGGUAUGCCCUUGAAGAAGCACCGGCAGAACCUGCGGAAUUAUAGCUCCUGCUUCACGGCGCUCGCUGCUGUGGACUGGCUGCACCAAAUGCUCUGUAGCAACAGCAACUUUGGUCCCGAUGUCACCCGACAGCAGACGGUCCAGCUGCUCAAGAAAUUUCUGAAGAACCACGUGAUAGAAGACGUGAAGGGCCGUUGGGGCACAGAGGAUCUCGAGGACAAUAACACACUUUAUAGGUUUCCGUCCACUUCUCCGCUGAAGCCCAUCCCGUGUCCAGCUGUGCCCUCAGCGUCCAAAGGCAUUAAGAAAAGGCCUUCACUUAGAGACAAAGAGGGUUUCUUCAGGUUUAAAAGCUUGAAGAAAAAUGAACAGGAGGCUGAGGAAAAUCAACAAGCAGAAGAAGAGAAAGAUCCAGAAGAGCCGCAUGUACAGAGACGAGAGUUGACUGAAGAUGACGAGCGCAAUAUCUGGAGAGAUACCACACUGACCCACCUGCAGAAGAUUCUGGGUGUUGCAUCUCUUGAUGAAGUGUUAGACCCCCGUUCCGUAAACCCUCACCACAUCAUCCAUAACAUGACUAAAGUCAACAAGCAUGGCGUGGUCGCCCUCGAUGACAAGACCAAUGACCUUCCUCAUUGGGUUUUGUCAGCUAUGAAGAGCCUGGCCAACUGGCCCAAGUAUGACAGCGCGGAGCCGUCCUACCCGGGCUUUGAGCGGGACGUUUUCAAAACGGUGUCGGAUUACUUCUACAGCCUUCCACAGCCAUUGCUCACCUACGAAUUGUAUGAACUAUUCAUCAACGUGCUGGUGUACUGCGGCUAUCUCGCAGUGCCCGCUGCGCACCAAGGUGGCAAACGCAAGAAGUGCAAUCCUCCCUCGGCGCCUCCUCCGCCCAAGAUGUCAUUUCGCUCCACAGAAUGUCUCCUCCUGUCACUGCUUAGACAAGGAACGUGCGAUGAGAUGGAGUCUCCCAUGAGGGAAGUGCUCGGCGCAAAAAUUCAGUCGAGGAGACGAGGCCCCGCCACCGCGGACGGUGGCCAGUUAGGAGGCAGCGACGUGAGCCUCAGUGCGGCCGGCUGGUCCUUGAGGCGCCGACACAGAAGCUCCUCACUGGAGACGAUCCUGGAUGACUCCGCCCCUUUGACCAGGCAACAGAUUUUUUUGUCCAAUGACAGCCUGGCAUCCCGCUUCUCGAGCGACAGGAGCCAAGAUAGCAACUGUAGGACAAUUCGCAGUCGUUCGCAUUCGACCUCUGCGUCAACAAAAACACUGGCUCCAUCUGGAAUUGCUCCACCCAGUCUCACCAGGCAUUCGGUAGAUUCUGCGGCAACGCCGUCAGCCCCGCGGCGGGAAAACGCUUUGCGGCCGAAGAGCGUGGGCAGCUGUCUGGACAUAGUCGUCGAGACCAGUGAAGAAUCUUUUAAGGAGAGCAAGUGGCGAGGCCGAGCUGCCAGCUGCUCCAACGUCAACGCCUCAGAGGACCAGAAUCACUCCCGUGCUGCCGCUCCCCCUCCAUCGUCACGCUCCCGCUCUCACCCCAGCUCGUCUUCAUCCCCUGCGUCGAAAGCACGCUCGCCUCACGCUACCUCCGAAUCUAGUGGCCACCCACUGGCUUCCGGUGCAUCCAGUCUUUGGACCCUGUCGGCGCCUGCGGUUGUCCGUCGCUGUCUGAGCUCUCUGGAUGUGUCGAAGUUGCCUCGACCCGCUUCACUGUUCAAACCGUCUGUCUGUGCGCCUCCUGCCAGAAUGCAGCCCCCCGAACCAAAAUCCGAGCACAGGCUUCUCCAGCCUCAGAGCGAGCGUGUGGCCAUUGAGGCCCUGCAGUUGUGCACGCUCCUCCUUCCUCCCGCCUCACGCAGGAAGUUGCAGCUCCUAAUGAGGAUGAUGUCCCGCAUCAGCCAGAAUGUGGAUAUGCCUCCACUCCACCCUGCCAUUGGCACCCGAACACUGAUGGUCCACACGUUUUCAUCCUGCGUCCUCGGCAGCGCCGACGAGUGUGACUUGGAUGAGCUCUUAGCCACCAGAUUGGUUUCCUUUUUAAUGGAUCAUCAGCAAAGCAUUCUGUCCGUGCCGCAGUAUCUGCUCGGUGCUAUUAAUGAUCAUGUCCAGUGUUUGCGCACAGCACAGGUACCAGUAGAAGACAUGGCUAACGCUGACGGCAGCGAGCCAGUGUGCGCUCCGCUGCCGCUGUACACCUUCUGCCAUCAGAUUAGCGGUGCCGAAUUUGAGCACCAGAAGCUGUCCUAUUCCCAGAAGGCCAUGGAGGACUUACUGGAGAUGUUGGUGUCGGACCAAAAUAUGACGGAGAAGGACAGAUGCAAAAGGUUGAAGCAGUUUCAGAAGCAGUACCCCGACAUCUACAGUCAACGCUACCCCUCCACAGAAAAAGCCAGCAAGACUAACAACAAGCCAAAGAUGAAAGCGCCGCUGCUCAUCAGGAAGACCAAAGCGUUCAGUAUCAGGAGCUAAACUGGUUGGAACAUUCGCUGCACUGGAACUGCACUCACGCUGGUACCCACACGACAGGAUGUUACAAUGGGAACUAUUAUGACUGUUUUGUGUGUUGUUUUUUUUUUUUUUGUGAGUCACCCAUUUGGGAGAUAUGAAGGCAGGUUGACAGCUAGCGUGUGCGCUGUUGUUGUUUUUGCACAGCUGCGCCAUUGAAGCUUAACUGUCUACAUGUGAAGUAUUUUCUGCAUGCAUGUGGACUUUUACGUUUGGGAAUUAGAUUCUAGAUUUUAAUUUAUGUUAAUGAUACUAAUACUAGAUGUCUUGGCUUGGAUUUU